GUCCUGCUCCUCCCCUUGCUAAUGAAGUUACUACGUUAUCUAUGACUGUUCGGCCAUCUAGGGCCACACCAAUAUCAAUACCAAAUGAUGAUCUAGUUGUUACUCCCCCUGUCGAUUCGUGCAAAGUUGAUGUCCCUGGGAAUGAUGCUCCUGGGGAUACUAGUGCAACUUCCCCUAAGGCCAACUAUUCACCUGAGUUAACGAAGUGGUGA